CGGUCACACUAAUUGAGAGUUCAAAACAAAACAAAGACGGCGUAUUUUGCAAAUUAUCACGUAGAUAAGGUUAAAUUCUUGCUUUUUAAUUGAAAUAAUAGCUGCGCAGAAAAAACAUGUCAACGGCCGAGGAAACAACAGCGGACAUCCAGUCCCCAGAGAAUGUGGAGGAUGUGGAAUUUGUGGACAUGGCGUUCACAAAGGAGUUGCGUAAAGCCACAAAAGAUGUGCAUAAUCUCACUGAUGUGCUGGUCAAUGCAAAGUUCGCUCUUGCCCUUUCGGACGACGAAGUCUGGUAUGACGGACUUUUAGCCUUCUACGAACUGUACAAAUUCUUUGAGACACAUUUGCCGGAGCGCCUGCUGCCCAAGGAAUUCUACAGGACCGCGGCUUUCGAGAGGGACUUCGAUUAUUUUUACGGUUCUAAAUGGCGUGAAACUUACGAAAUCAGACCGGCUGUUCAGAAAUAUCUGGAGCACCUGGAAAAGAUUGCCGCGCAGAAUGAGUUGCUACUUUUUGCCUACUCCUACCAAAUGUACAUGGCUUUGAUGUCGGGUGGCCAAAUGCUGCAGAAAAAACGCAUGAUCGCUCGUAAGCUCUGGAUCUUUUCGAAGGAUUCUGACGAGGAACAGCAAAAGCAAGCAGACAAGGAAGCCGAGUUGGCCACUGCCAGGGCCGCCGAUGCUUCUCUGAACAAAGACGACUUGCAGGCCAGGCCCAUGCCCGCUCAAGUCACCAUUUGCCCCGUUGGUUGCGAGGCCACCUAUUUUCCCGAAAAGAUAUCCGUUCUUAAGGCAAAACUCAGGCGUGUGUUCAACAAUCAUUAUGGAGCUUUUGACGAUGAUCUGCGCGCAGCUUUUAUUGAAGAGAGUCGCAACGUAUUUCGUCUAAAUAUAGAAGUUGUGCGAACAAUCAAGGGUGUAAAUCGUGCCAAUCUCAGGAAGCUUGCCCUGGCCGUAAUCUUCGUUUCUAGUAUUAUUGUGGCCGUAAAAUACGCCCUAAAGUAAGAAAAAUCGGGGAAAACAAUGUUAGCUCCCUCUAAAAGAAUAGAAUUGUGAUCACACAUUUAUUUAGUCGUUUGUUAAAAUAGAAAAAAUAUAUUCCCAAA